UCGGUUGAGAGAUAUAUAUUUCCAAGUUUUUAGGGAUGUGAAUGUUGGAAGUAAGAAGAGAAAGAACUGUUGAUGUGUGUUUAUGUGGCAUGUGGAUUAAAAGGGGUAGUAAAGAACUAGAGCUACACUCCCUGACUCUUGAGCAUUUAUAAAUGGAUCCGACUACUUUAUCUAUUUAUUCACCAUAUAAUUUUUGAUGACAUAUAAGCCUAUCGGUAUGGAGGAGACGCCUCUUAGUGUAAAGAGACGUCACAUCAACAGUUCCGCUCCAUCAUGUCCUCGGAGGGGUGGUGCUCACUUACGUCACUCCAUAAAUUAUUGCACCUUAAUCUUGAUAAUCACAAUCAAUGCUCUAAAACCUUCAUUUUUGUAAAAUGCCGGUUCUUUAUUUUUAUAAAAUCGAAACAACCGUCGAAGCUUAAAAAUCUUGGAUCACCCCAUAAAUUCUUGGAUCUUAAUCUUAAUAGUUACAAUGAUUGCUCUUAACCCCCUCCCCCUCCCCCGGUCGUCUUGUCUUCCAUGUCCGUUCUUCGUUUUUUAAAUAUUCGCUACAACCAUCGAAGCUUAAAAAUCUAGCCACCCUAUAAAAUUUUAAACCACAAUCUUGAUAAUCAUAGUGGAUACUCUUAAACCCCAUUGUCAUCUUCCCAUAUAUUUUCGUACUUUAUUUCUGCAAAAUCGAAGCACCCAUCGAAGCUUAAAAUUCUUGGACCUCUCCAUAAAUUCUUGGACCUCCAUCUUGAUAAUCAUAAGGGAUUAUCUUAAACCCAUCUUAAUCCCGUUACCGUCGACUUCCCUUCCCCACCCGUUUGUCAUUACUACAUAAUCAAAGCAACAAUUGAAACUUGAAAACUUUGGACCAUUUAUGGAAUUUGACCUACAAACCCACGAAUUCAAAUCUGACCCUUGAACCCCCAACCUAUGAACCCAUAUAAAUAAGUGGGUUGAUGGGUCAUAUAUGAGUUUAUGUUCCAAAUCCGUCAACACAUGACCUUUAUAAUUAAAUAAGUCGUGUUCGGGUUGGUAUAUUUUGACCCGCUAACCCACAAGGCGCCCAACACAAUUUAUAGGAAAACCGUCAUCAUUCUACAUCAGGCCGAAUCAGAGGGGCCAUAAAAACCUUUGAACAAUUCAGCGGUUACACUCCCUCUGAACCCUUCUAUUUACUUCGUUUUCCUUCACUGCACUCUCUUCUCUUUUCUCGUGACCGGAGUUUUCAACAGAGAAAAAGCCGUAGCAACUCCUGUUGCCGUCCUCUGCCUUCUCCGACCGGCGCCGUUCUCUUCGCAUCUCCGACCAGAGUUUUUAGCAGAACAAAGAAUCUUCCGAUCUCUUUGUCACUAGCGCCGUCCUCCUCCGAUCUUCGACCAACGCUGUCUUCAACCCUCUAAAGUAAAUGAACAGAGCCUCCCGAUCUAUUUUCUUUCUCUAACAAGAUUUUGGUGAACCAAACGCCUCCGGAAAUUUUUUCUGGCAGACGAAAUCCGCUAAAAACCUUGCUAAUUUUUCCCUGGCCCGCGAAGCACACAUUGAAAGAGCAAUAUCCGACGCCGUUUCCGGCGUGUGCUAUACUGUUUCAAUCUCAGCUUAAGACUACUAUAAUAUAACAGUUCUGAAUUCUUAUAGCAAUGGAGAAAUCUCGAUCACUGUUGAUUCUAUACGCCACUGAGACGGGCAACGCGUUAGAUGCUGCCGAACGAUUAGGCCGUGAAGCUGAAAAAAGAGGCUGCCCUAUUCGUAUAUUAUCCCUUGACGAAUUUGACCCCAGCUCCUUACCUUGUGAAGAAUAUGUAAUUUUUGUGGUGUCCACAACUGGACAAGGGGACACCCCCAAUUCCAUGAAGGCGUUUUGGACAUUCCUUUUGCAAAGAAGUUUAAACAGGCAGUGGCUCGAAAAAACAAACUACACAGUAUUUGGAUUGGGAGACUCUGGUUAUCAGAAAUAUAAUUUUGUUGCAAAGAAGCUUGACAAAAGACUUGCAGAUCUCGGGGGAACUACAAUUCUUGAAAGAGGUUUGGGAGAUGAUCAACAUCCUUCAGGAUAUGAAGGGUCCUUAGAUCCAUGGAUGUCAUCUUUAUGGGCCAUGUUAUAUAAUAAAAAUCCAAAAUUCUUCCCAAAAGGUUUAAAUAUUUCUGUGUCUGAUAUGAAGAUGCUUGGUCAACCAAAAGUGGAAAUCACAUAUCUUGACUCAAAUGCAGUGCAUUCACAACCUUCAGCACAAAUUGAUUUGAAGUUACUUGAGAAGGAUAUAGUGAGGUGUCGGUCAAUGUUGUCUGCAAAAAAGUCAAACGACAAGAGUAAACCUGAUUGCUUCUUGAAACUGGUUAAAAAUCAACCAAUUACUAGAACAAGUUAUGACAAAGAUGUACGCCAUUUGGAAUUUGAGCCACUUUCAUCUACUAUCGAGUAUGAAGUUGGUGAUGUUCUUGAGAUUCUUCCUUCACAAAGCCCUGAAGCAAUCGAUGCAUUCAUGACUCGCUGUAAUUUAAACCCUGAAUCCUAUAUCAUUGUUAAGUCUAGAAAUAAAGAAGACUCUCUUGAAGAUGGUGUUGGUGCCUCAAAAGAUCCCAUAAAACUAAAAACAUUUGUCGAGUUGACUAUGGAUAUUGCAUCAGCUUCACCCAGACGUUACUUUUUUGAGGUCAUGAGUUUUUUUGCGAGUGCUGAACAUGAAAAAGAGAGGCUUGAAUAUUUCGCCUCACCAGAAGGAAGAGAUGAUCUCUACCAAUACAAUCAGAAAGAACGAAGGACUGUUUUAGAGGUACUCGAGGAUUUCCCAUCUGUGGAUAUGCCAUUUGAGUGGUUGGUGCAGCUGACUCCUCCAUUGAAAACACGAGCCUUUUCAAUUUCUUCUUCUCCUCAUGUUCACCCGAAUCAAGUACACCUCACAGUCAGCAUAGUUUCAUGGACAACUCCUUUUAAGAGGAAACGCAUCGGUUUAUGCUCCAACUGGCUAGCUUCCCUUCAUCUUCAUCAAAGAGUCUGCAUACCAGCAUGGUUUCACAAAGGCUCACUCCCCGCCCCACACCCCUCACUCCCCCUCAUCCUUAUUGGGCCCGGAACCGGUUGUGCACCUUUUCGCGGGUUCGUGGAGGAGCGGGCCUUAAACGCAAGUAAUUCUGGACCGAUUCUUUUCUUUUUUGGAUGUCGAAACGAGGAUAAUGACUUCUUAUAUAAAGAUUUUUGGGUUUCCCAUUCGCAAAAUGGAGGGGUACUUUCGGAAGAAAAAGGCGGAGGGUUUUAUGUUGCUUUUUCAAGAGACCAACCGCAAAAAGUGUAUGUACAACAUAAGAUGCGUGAACAAAGUGGGAAAGUGUGGGAGCUUUUGAGUAAAGGGGCGGCGGUUUAUGUUGCGGGGUCUUCGAGUAAUAUGCCGGCGGAUGUUUUGGCGGCUUUUGAGGAGAUUGUGGAGAGAGAAAGUGGGGUGGAGAGAGAAGCGGCGGUUAGGUGGUUGAGGAUGUUGGAGAGAGGUGGAAAGUACCAUGUUGAAGCAUGGGCUUAGUGUGUGCCUGAUACACAGUAUUGUAUUGUACUAUUGUACUGUAUGUAUCAGGCACACUGAGGAGUACACAGUAUUGUAUUGUACUAUUGUACUGUAUGUAUCAGGCACACUAUGUGCCUCCUCGUACAAGGAAUGGUUGGUUGGGAAGUAGAGCUAUUUAUGGUUCAAAAUUGAAAAUUUUGUAGGAGUUAGGUCGAUUUUAAAGGAAAGUAAAGUUUGCACUUUUAUUUUGUUAUUA